AGCAAAUUUGGAUCAUCUCCUCCUUCUCAAUCUUUUCGCCUCUCGUUGAAUUCCCAAUUCUGAUCAACCCUAAUUGCCCAUGGGAGAACCUCAUCGGUUCUCUGAUUAUCUCGCACUUGGAGACGGUGCAGUUGCUGACAUUUUGUUGUGGAGGAAACGUAAUCAGAGCGUUCUUGUUCUCGUUUCUUCUACAUUUCUAUGGCUUCUAUUCGUAAAGGGCGGAUACGAUUUGCUUUCAUUCUUAUUGAAUGUUUUGUUCUCACUCGUCAUAAUCCUGUUUUUUUGGGCUAAAUCUGCAGCACUUCUCAAUAGACCUUUGCCACCUCUCCCUGAUCUUGAGGUUACUGAAGAAAUGGCUGAGAAGGCUGCUGAUGAGAUGUGUGUCUGCAUAAAUCGUGCAAUGUCAAUGGCACGCGCCAUUGCAAUUGGCGGAGAUUUGAAACUCUUUUGGCAGCUUGCUCUAGGAUUGUGGUUUAUCUCCUACAUAGGCAGCUUAUUCAGCUUUGUUACACUGCUUUACAUCGGGGUCCUACUUUGUUUCACGCUGCCUCUGUUGUAUGAUAAGCACCAAGCUCUGAUAGAUGAGAAGCUAUAUGCAAUACAGAGAAUAGCUCAGAUGCAGUACCGCUUAAUUGACGAGCAUGUACUUGGCAAGACGCCAUCAACAUGAUGAGAAGAAGACCCGGUAGACUCAUUGUAAUGUUUCCUAUGUCUCUCAGUGCCAUUUGGUGAUUGCUUGACAUUUAGUCUCGAAGGCCAGACGAGGAAGCCUGCUCGCUUCAGCCAGAUAUGUCGAUUUCUGGAUAUGUUUACGCUAAUGAGGUUGAGUAGUUUUGGUUUUGUAGCUUCUCAUUCAAAGGAUUGGGUUGUGCAGGAUAACCACUCAGGAAUAGUUCAAUAGAUGAUGGUAUGAAACAUGCCGGUAACUAACAUUAGUACAUAAGUCAUGAAUACUCGUUGUAUUGUGAUUGAGACGACGCUUUGCUAUUUAGUCCUAUAGAAGAAGCCCUACAUGAACUAAAAUUUGAAAUUGUUUCACCAUUUUGAUUGUCC